AUGGCUCAUUUCGUAUCCGGAACAGGUUCUUCGCGGCUGGGACAACACCGACAUGGCCGGCUGCUUGUCAGCAGCUCUGGAGUUGCAAAUGUAUCAGAUGGCCCCCUCUUUGUGGCCGCCUUGCGGGAUCCAGCUGUCAAGCGUAUCGUUCUCACUUCUCCACUGAUCGAUGUCCCGCCUGAUACCUGGGAGGCGGUCGGCAGCAACCUGCCCAUCCCCAUUACCCGCAACUUGACGUUGGAAGGAGACGAGGCGGACUGGCCACUCCUGCGCCUCCAUUACGUGAGGGACGUGGUUCGGCUCAUGGACACGGUCAUCUGGGCUAUGCGCUUCCUUUUCCUGGACAGCGCAAACGGAGACAACAACUAUCGUGAACAGGGCAAGUUAGCUGGCGUUACUUGCUUGGCGGUGUACACAUGCUGGUUCUGCUUCCCAACUGAAUUGCAGCUACAAACCGUUAAGGCAGUCAAGCCGCCGGCGAAAUACCCGCAUGCCAAACAGCUGGUCGAGCUGGGUUACCAACAUCCGGAGGGUGGCUGCCGCAACGGGUCCUCUGUGCCGCCACUACAACGAUGUUGGCCAGAUGGUGCCCUCGUAGUGGAUGUGGCGGGUGACGGCAUCCGCAUUGACCCGUCCUCAGACCAGGCCGUCCUCACAAACACCAUAUUCUAUUUUCAAAAUGUCACCCUCCUGUGUGAGCACCCCGUGAGCACCACGUGCCUCAAAGAGCAGCAGGCCGAGCCCCUGGUCUGCUUCCAGAAAACCAAGCGCCAGUUUGAGAAUGUCACGACGUCUUUCUUAGACGAUUACCGACCAGAUCUGCAGCUUCAGGCUCUUGAUGGUAAUGCCUCUUCACCACAAGUGAAGCAGACGCAGCGGCAGGACAGCACACUGCCGGUGGCAAGUGGCAUGGAGGAAAACCAGGCCCGCAGCCGUGCAGUGGUAGUAGGGGCUGUAUUGGCAGGGACUGUGGUUACCUUGUCCCUAUUCUUGUUGAUGGUGGCGGCUGCUGUGCACUCAAAGCGGCUGCAGGAAUACUGCAAAGACGUUGGCGGCAGUCGCGCGACCAUGAACAUUCUUUCUUUUUGGACGAACAUCUUCGGUCGCAGCUGCCUUGAGUCGAGAAGAUCAUUAAAACACAUGCACACGCACGCUUUUGUGAGAAGCUAG